UUUUUUUUUUUUCUCCUCUCUCUCUUUUUUUUUUUUUCUCUUUCCUUUCUUCUCUGGUUUAUAUAUUUUUAUAAUACCAUCACAAUAUGCGGAUUCCUUUGGACGAUGAACUUGACGCCAUUUGUAAACUUUAUGAUUAUGGUAUUGUUCCCGGCUCGGUUACUGUGUUUGUCAGAGACAAAGUUAAACAAUGUGGACAAUUGGAUUUAACUCUUUUGGAAGGUAUUAUGAUAGUAGUUGAUGUAUCUGAAGAAGGGUUUAUGGUAACAUCAUGUACACAAAUCAUCAAUGAACCAAAAUACGUGGAAGCAUUAAAAGUGGUACAAGUCCAUUUGGAACAUGUUUUUGAUAGUAUGGAAAAACUACUGAUGACCAUAUCUCCUCUGUUUGCUGCAAAAUACAUUGAAAGACUUCAAUCUUCAGUACAUCAUGAUUUUUUAGAUACCACUUGUUCCAUCCAACCGCCUUCUUCAAUACUAUCCUCAGAACAACAACAAGAACAACAGCAACUACAGCAACAACAAUCAGUUUCAAAUAUUUCAAGUGCAUACAGCGAUGUAUUUGACUGGAUUCAUUAAAUUAGAUAAAGUAUGUUAGAUACCUCGUUGCAUUUACCUCCCUUCAGUGUAUAUUAAUCCCUUCUUCUUUUAUAUAUCCCUUGUUUAUAUUUGAUGUUCAAUAAAUUAUGUAAU